AUGGCCAGUAAGGUAAAGUGGGUGACAGAUAUUGAGAAGUCAGUGCUCAUCAACAACUUUGAAAAGAGGGACUGGAUUCAAGUGACUGAAAAUGACGACUGGAAUUUUUACUGGAUGAGCAUCCAGACCAUUCGCAACGUGUUCAGCGUGGACACGGGCUACCGCUUAACCGACGAGCAGAUGGUCAACCACUUCCCCAACCAUUACGAGCUGACUAGGAAAGACCUGAUGAUCAAGAACAUAAAGCGCUACCGCAAAGAGCUGGAGAAGGAAAACAACCCGCUAGCUGAGAAGGACGACAACGGGAAGUACAUCCACCUUGAUUUCGUGCCGGUGACGUUCAUGCUCCCGGCAGAUUACAACCUUUUUGUGGAGGAGUUCCGCAAGAACCCGUCCAGCACGUGGAUCAUGAAGCCGUGCGGCAAAGCGCAGGGCAAAGGCAUCUUCCUUAUCAACAAACUGUCCCAGAUCAAAAAGUGGUCACGGGACAGCCGCACAUCUACGUUCAUGGCGGCCUCCAGUGGUAAGGAGGCUUACGUCAUCUCCCUGUACAUCGACAAUCCCCUUCUGAUCGGCGGAAAAAAAUUUGACCUGCGUCUCUACGUUCUGGUCACCACUUACCGGCCGCUUAAAUGCUAUAUGUAUAAGCUGGGUUUCUGUAGAUUCUGCACAGUAAAGUACACGCCAAGUACAAGCGAGCUAGACAACAUGUUUGUGCACCUUACCAACGUAGCCAUCCAAAAACAUGGAGAUGACUACAACCAUGUCCACGGUGGCAAGUGGACGGUAAGUAAUCUGCGGCUUUAUCUGGAGAGCACAAGAGGAGACGAAGUGACCAGUCGACUGUUUGACCAGAUUCAUUGGAUCAUGGUGCAGUCCUUGAAGGCUGUGGCUCCUGUGAUGAACAACGACAAACAUUGUUUUGAGUGUUAUGGUUACGACAUCAUCAUUGAUGACAAACUCAAGCCAUGGCUCAUUGAGGUCAACGCGUCACCCUCGUUGACAUCCAGCACGUCCAACGACCGCAUCCUCAAGUACAACCUCAUCAACGACACCCUCAACAUUGUCAUGCCCAAUGGCGAGAUGCCGGAUAGCCGCUGGAACCGAAGCCCUCCUCGAGAUGCUCUGGGCAACUAUGAACUUCUGUACGACGAAGAGCAGGCGCAGAGCGACAACGCCGAGCUGAGGAGCCGCUCGGGUCAGUCGCUGGGGUCAAAAGGCGCCAAGGGCAUUUCCGUCCGCCCCGCCGCAGCCACUUGGAAGUGA